UUUUGUGAAAAUUUAUUAAAGAUAAGUUAGUGGAAAAGAUGUGGCACCACGCUCUUGCUCUAGCGAUUUUAUUCCUCAGUGUUAAUGCUGCAUCUCUUCGGGAACCAAUACAUAGGAUCGUAGGAGGUAUUGCUGUGAAUAUUGAGGAUUUUCCUCAUCAGGUGUCUAUCAUUUUCAACAAUAGUCAUAUCUGUGGUGGUUCCAUCAUCAGUGAUAAAUUCAUCUUGUCUGCAGCUCACUGUUAUAUUGGUCGCACUGCCUUUUUCCAAGUAAGAGUUGGUUCGACAAAUAGCACUGCUGGUGGGACACUUUACACAGUUAAAGAUAUCCAUGCCCAUACGUCCUACAAUGAUACCACAUAUGACUACGAUUUUAGCAUCUUUGAAUUAAAUGAUGCGAUUGCUCUGGAUAAUGUUACUAGUCGUGUUGUGAGACUUUCUGAAAUUAAUGAAUACCUUCCAAAUGGAAGUAAUCUGACUAUUUCCGGAUGGGGAGAUACGAGAAAUCCAACUGAAUCUGAGGAGCAUCUCCGGGCUGUGUCAGUGCCAAAAUUGGAACAAUUAGAAUGUAUAGCUAGUUACUUAUUUAGUGGCUUCAUCACAGACAGGAUGUUUUGCGCUGGCUAUCGUCAAGGUCAAAAGGAUGCCUGCCAAGGCGACUCUGGUGGUCCUGUUCUGAACGAUAAUAACGUCCAGGUUGGAGUUGUUUCUUGGGGUCUUGAUUGCGCAUUAGCAAGAUAUCCUGGAGUCUAUGGAAGGAUCUCAUCAGUCAGACAAUGGAUCCGCGAUAUCACUAAUGUGUGACGGGCACAAAAUUCAUUUGAUUUGAGAUUAUAAAGUUACUUUAAAUAAAAAUUUUAAUAAAACAUC